AUGCAUGAUCUGGUCCAUGAUCUUGCACAAGCUGUUGUCGGAAGUCAUGAAUGUGCAAUUGUCAAGGUAAGUGAGUUGAAGAAUGAUUUUAAAGGUCGCCGUUUACAGUUUAUAUUUGAUGAUGAGCUAUCAACAACAUUUCCAGAAACCUUGAGUAGUUUGAAGAAGUUGCGGACAAUUAUCAUUCUUAAACCAAGCAGUUGUUUGGAUCUCAAUAAAUUCUCAAGUAAUAAGCGUUUACGUGUGCUACAUUUUGGUUUUCCAGGUGCAGAUUUAUCAAAGUUGCCGCAUUCCAGUGCUAGGCUCAGACAUUUAAGGUACCUUCACCUUUCCUCUUUUGAUCUCAGUGAAGUAACAAAUGAUAAGUCCAUCCAUAAAUUUUAUAAUCUGCAGACGUUGUGGUUGGAUCUCAAUCACUGCAAUAGCUUAAUCGCUUUUCCCACCUCUGUCACUGGUUUGAAAUUCCUAAGAUUUCUUGACAUGUCUUUUACACCUAUAGAAACAGUACCUAAUUUUGUCACUAGCCUCCACAAUUUGCAGACUCUAGAUGUCAGUAGCUGCAGCAGAUUAAAAGCCUUACCGGAGUAUGUUUCUGGUCUUGCUGAUGUGAGGAUAUUUGAUUUUAAAGCCUGCCCAUUACUAGAAGCCUUACCCAAAGAUCUUGGAGCUUUAACUCAUUUAAGAUACCUUAGCCUAAAUGGUACUGAGAUCAAAGUAUUACCUGAGUCUUGUUCUAACCUCAGCAAUCUUGAGUUUGUGCAUCUUUCCUGGUGUGAGCUUCCGAAAGAGGCAAAAAAUUGGACAAACCUUGGAGAGUUUUUAUACUUUAAGAAUGAAACACCAACGGGUAUAGUGAAACUAGUGUUGCUUCAAGGUUUAUCUUAUAAAGUGCCUGAAAAUGUGAAGAACAAACCAGAAUGCAAUAAUGGGAUUGCAGAUUUAAGAAAUCUGAACUUCCUUGAGGAGCUAUUUAUUAAUCAUCUUCAGAAUGUGAAAGACCCAGUAGAUGCUGAGAGAGCAAACUUGAAGGGAGAACAAAACCUUCGUAUGUUGCAACUACGUUGGGAUGAAGAAAUGUUGGGCAUGACAUGGGACAGAAAUUCGUGUAGUUUCCGAGUAUUCGAAGCUCUCCAGCCUAACACUAGUUUGAGAAGGUUGAAUAUUCUUAACUUCAUGGGGUGUGAACUUCCAACAUGGAUGUGUGUUUCAUCUUGUCUUCCAAAGUUGGAUAACUUGGAAUUUGGAAACUGCAGAGAAAUCAAACAACUUCCAGCAGCUAUUGGGCAGCUUCAACAUCUUAGGUUUCUUACUCUCAGAAGAAUGUCUUUGAUUAGUUUAGAUAUUGGCGGAUUUUCUUCGUUACUUCAACUCAGUCUUACUGAUAUGUUCCUUCUAAAAGAGUUGUGUUAUUCCCAUCCUUCCCUUCAGUAUCUGAACAUCAAUGGAUGCAACAGCUUAUUUGAGAUACCUUCCCUAAACUGA